CCAUGUAUUAUACUGGAGGGCUAUGACAUUUAUCCUAUUUAGUGCAAGAAUAUUUCCAAUGAAAAACUUAGCUGGUUUUACAACUGAGUCAGUUUAUAUUAACUUUAAACACACGCACAAAAAAGUAUAUAUUAGUCUAUAUUCUGCCUUCAAUAUGAAGCAUAAUGGAAGUGUGGCUUGCAUGACUACCGGAGACAAUGGAUCAGUCUUUCGUGGGUUUUGGAGGAAUUGUUAUCGUCACGGCAACUCUCAAAACAGACAGGUGAGGUAUUGUCGAGCCGGAUGACGUAUAGCGUUCACUGUUGGGAGCAGAACCGGAGAAGUCUGAUGAAGAAUGAGCUGGAGACCGGAUGCUAAUCCGAUAAGUAAGGGUGCAAUUUAUUAAGUGCUUCUGCGUCUGGUGAAGUUGAUGGCGGUGGAGAUACGGAGGAACGUACCCCGAGGGUGGGGGGGUGAGACAACACACCGCCUGCAGCAGAAUCGGACAACUCUCUUUUCCUCACCAUCGGACUGGGUCUCCUGAGAUACGACAGCACGGGGGGCUCCAGUGGGGUUUUUUUCCGAGGCGUAAAAUGAAAGCGAGUAAGGCAGUUUUUUGAGACUACCAUGACAGAGAAUCCGGAAAAAGUUUUUUAAAGAAAGUUUGCAGUCCAAUUUCCUGGACUGCACUCUUUUUCUGCAGAUUUUUAAUUUUAUAUUUUUUUUUGUGUGUGUUUUUUUUUUUUUUUUAAACACGGAAGAAGGGAUAAAGACACCGGGAUUCAACCAUAAUUGCAGUCUAUGGAAAUGCAGGAUCUAGCCAGUCCUCACAGCCGAGUUAGUGGAAGCAGUGAAUCUCCAACCGGUGCCAGCCUUGAUAACUCCCACAUCAAUAACAAUUCCAUGACACCCAAUGGCACUGAAGUUAAAAGCGAGCCAAUGAGCAGCAGCGAAAUAGCCGCCACAGUAGCAGACACCUCUCUGGACAGCUUCUCCGGAUCAGCAAUUGGAAGCAGUGGCUUCAGCCCAAGACAAACUCACCAGUUCUCUCCGCAGAUUUACCCCUCCAACAGGACAUAUCCGCAUAUUCUUCCAACUCCUUCAUCCCAAAAUAUGGCCGCGUACGGACAGACGCAGUACACCACAGGAAUGCAGCAGGCCGCGGCGUAUGCUAGCUACCCUCAACCCGGACAGCCUUAUGGCAUCUCGGCUUAUGGUCCAUUGUGGGCAGGCAUCAAGACAGAAGGUGGUCUGAGCCAGUCCCAGUCGCCAGGGCAGACCGGUUUUCUCAGCUACAGUUCCGGGUUCAACACGCCGCAAACGGGGCAGGCGCCUUACAGCUACCAAAUGCAAGGUGGUACUUUCACAACAACGUCAGGGUUGUACGGAGGGAACAACUCCCUGACAAACUCCACGGGCUUCAACAGCACGCAACAGGAGUAUCCCAGCUACCCAGCCUUCGGCCAGGGUCAGUACGCCCAGUAUUACAACAGCUCGCCCUACACUUCGCCCUACAUGACGAAUAACAACACCAGUCCCAGCACGCCCUCCACCACGACCACCUACACCCUCCAGGAGCCUCCUGCCGGCAUCACCAGCCAGGCUCUCACAGAGAACCCUCCAGGAGAGUACAGUACCAUCCACAGUCCAUCAACCCCCAUUAAAGAUUCAGAUUCGGAUCGAUUGCGCCGGGCCUCGGAUGGAAAAUCACGUGGCCGGGGGAGAAGAAACAACAACCCAUCACCGCCGCCCGACUCCGACCUUGAGCGAGUAUUCAUCUGGGACCUGGAUGAAACAAUCAUCGUUUUCCAUUCCUUGCUCACGGGCUCUUACGCCAACAGAUACGGACGGGAUCCACCAUCAUCAGUAUCAUUAGGACUACGUAUGGAAGAAAUGAUCUUCAACUUGGCCGACACGCAUUUAUUCUUCAACGACUUAGAGGAAUGUGACCAGGUACAUAUCGACGAUGUUUCUUCCGAUGAUAACGGCCAGGAUCUAAGUACGUACAACUUCGGCGCAGACGGCUUCCACGCAGCGGCGACCAGCGCCAACCUCUGCCUAGCCACAGGUGUGAGGGGCGGAGUCGAUUGGAUGAGAAAACUGGCGUUCCGCUACAGACGAGUGAAAGAAAUCUACACCACCUACAAAAAUAACGUCGGAGGUCUCCUGGGCCCGGCCAAGAGGGAAGCCUGGUUGCAAUUGCGAGCAGAAAUUGAAGCCUUGACGGACUCCUGGUUAACACUGGCACUGAAAGCACUAACAUUAAUCCACUCAAGGUCAAAUUGCGUGAAUAUCCUGGUGACCACCACGCAGCUCAUCCCCGCCCUGGCCAAGGUCCUGCUCUACGGCCUGGGCAUCGUCUUUCCUAUCGAGAAUAUUUAUAGCGCCACCAAAAUAGGUAAAGAGAGCUGCUUCGAAAGAGUCGUUCAACGAUUCGGGAGGAAAGUUGUUUACAUCGUGGUCGGCGACGGCGUGGAGGAGGAGCAAGGCUCAAAAAAGCACAACAUGCCCUUUUGGAGGAUCUCCAGCCAUUCAGACCUCAUGGCCCUCCAUCACGCCCUGGAUCUGGAGUACUUGUAGCCAACAUCGUAUUCGAAAAAAAAAAAUCCCCCCAAAAACUGAUCCAGCUUAUUUUUCCGGAACCCGUCCCACCACGCUUGUUUGAAGACGUCGACCCCCCGUUGAUGGUUCUGCGGAAAAAAAAAACAAAAGGCCCACUGGCGUCUUGUCUUCCCCAAGGACGAGGAACAAUCAAUGUGUUGACACACUUUGUCGCACACACUUUGUCUUAAGGCUUUUUUUGUUGUUGUUGUUGUCGACGACAAGAGGUGAUUUUCCAGCCAUGCUAACUGUGAAUGGACACCUGGACUACUGACGGCAACUACUGGUGAUUCCUCCAUGGCUUCUUAUUUAUGGACUCCACGGCAGCAAGACUUUUCCAGCUGGAGGAAUAAACGGGGGCUUUUUUUUUUUUUUUUUUUUU